CAUCCUUAAACAUGACGAAGCCGACAAGAGAUCCGAUCCCGGUCAAGAGCUUCCAGUCUCAGAUCACGGAUCAAACUAUUUUCAAAACUUACAUUGGCUUCAGCUUGCCCACCGAGCUUUCUCCGUUAUUUCCAGCGCAAAAAGUCGUCACCACCACUGAUGGCCAUGUUUACUAUGCCAAUUACAACAUAGUGAGACAUUGCGUGAUAUCUCCCACCAGCACGGCCUUCAGGACCUUGAAUUUCACCACCGACUUCGAGAUUCACGCAAUGUACCUCAAUGCUCUGGAAACAUUAUUGGCCUUGGUAGGGGAUACAAAAGUAACAGUGGUGGAAAUUCCCGGUGCUGUUGACGAUGUACAUAAAACCCAAAUUUCAGGGAAGCACUACAACAUCGGUAACUUGAAGGGAAGAAUUGUCAAAGUUUUGUGGCAAACUAUUGUUGCAAAAGAUUGUCUGUUGGUCAUAUUGACCGACUAUUCAGUGAUCAGAAGCUUUGACCUCUCAUUGUCAGCCUCUUUCCCUCAAUUGGAAAUCGAUUUGAAGGCUCAACCCGAAUUUGAACACCAAAAUGCAACCUCUAUUUCAUUUGGUUCUUCGGUCAACGUGCAAGGCUCGUUGACUUUAUAUGUAUCAUCGGAGAAAGAAGUUUAUGCAUUUUACCCAUUUUUAGCUCCAACUUCAAGAUUGGCAUGCUCAAUGGAGGGUUUAGAUUAUGCACUUGAUGAAACCAAAGCUAUUAUAGAGACUAUAGAGAGUCGGUUUUCUUUCCAAUCCAUCACCGAUUCUAUUUCCAGUCCAUUGACCUUACUAGCAAUCUCACAAUACGAAUUCUUCUUGCAUUUGAGAAAUCAAUUUGAGACUGGUGUUCCCUUACAGACAGAGAAUAGAAAAUUGAAGGCUUUCUCUACAUUCAACUUGAAACGGUUGACUCAUUCAUUACAUUCCGAUUACAAACCAAAGUUGCAAGGUCCCUUGAGUGCAAACGAUGGAGAAUCAUUAAUUGAUAUCCAAAGUAUGUAUUCGAACAAGAAUUUCACCACUGUAGUUGCUCUUGCUUCAAAAUUUGGAGAAGCACAUUUACAAUACUACGCCCAAUUGAAGCCGUUGAUAAUGAAGUUGAAUUGUCCUUCUACUGAGACACCCGCUGAACCAAUUGCUGCUAAAUUAGAAGCAGAAUCAAAUGCAAAGAAGCAAGUUCCUAAGAAGAGUGACGCUUAUGUAAAACCAAGCAAAGGGUUCGGUUUCAUUGCAUUCUCAGAUGAUGAGGAUGAUGUUACUGAUACUGUUGAUAAUUUUGGUACAUUGUCGUUGACUAAAGUCAAAGUGGACAAUGACCGUGCUCAACGAGAAAAGGAAUUCGAGAAAGAGGAAUUUAAUUCACUUACACUUUUAGAGUUUGUUGCUUUAGAUUACCAAUUUCCAACUAUUACUUCAAGGAAUGACUUUGCCUUAUUGAAUUAUUCUGAGGAGGGUAAGAGACUCUUCUUGAAAGCAAAGGAUGACGGUCAUGUUAUAAAAGCGGAUGAUUUCUUAUCUGACUUAAGCAACUCAUUGAUAUCAGAUACAUCUGAGUCUGAUCCUAACAAUUUCAGCCCAAUACAGUAUACUCAUAUCAAAAUCUCACGUUUCAGUGCGUUAUCUUGUGCUGUGAAUCCUUUGCUCGAUAAUGAUGUUUCCGAAUAUUUGAUUGUCCUCAGCGAUUCAUUGAUAGAUAACUUGAAGGUCUAUGAACUUAAGUUGAAGACAGAACAGAAGGAUGUCCUUUCAGAGCCUACUAUUGUGACCAAGCCUUCAAAAGAACCUUCAGUGAGCACUGGUGCCUACUCACGUAACAGUGAUACUAUUUCCGGUGAAUUACGUUUGCAACUGCAGGAAUUGGGCAAUUUUGACGAAAAGGCUCUAUCUACGAAUAUCAAUUCAGAGGUUCUCUCCAAAAGUAUCGGUGAAACGACUGAUGAUCUUUCAAGAGUUCACUUAGUUUCUACACAGGCCUUAAACCAACUAGCCAACCUAGCUGCAUUGGUUGCCAAGUCACUGUUCAAUGCAACACAGAAGAUUGAUGAAUUACAGUUGUAUGUUAAUAUGUUGAGAAAUAUCUCAGAGAAAGUUAAAUCACCAGAACAACUUGAACAUUUAACUAAAAAGGCUCAAAAUAUCGCAAAAAAGCAAGAAGAGUUGGAAAAGAGACAAACUCAAGUCAAAUCAAGGCUUUCCAUUCGUAUCUUGCAAUUAAAAAAGAAGCAGUCCUUACCAUUGUCGAGAACAGAAAAGGCUUGGUUUAAGGAAAUUAAUGCAUUGAAUGCAAUGAUGAAGAAAGAAGUCGAUGGCACAGAACAGGAAUCCUUACCAGCAAAGAUCGAAUCCUACAAAGCCCAAGUACGUGCCUUGGUCAAUCCAUCAUUAAGUGAUAAAAACGUCUUUUCUGCGCUGGAGGAGUUGAAGCAAAGAGAAUUGGCUCAAGUAGUCGCGAGAUUGAAGGUGAUCUUGAAACAAGAUUCAGAGCAGCUCAAUCGAGUGAAUACUCAAUUGCAGGAAUUGCCAUUGCAACAAUAUUGAGAGGAAUAAUAAAUAGAUUUUAAGUUGAUGAACUGAAUGUAAUUCAA